CAGCUAAACACUUUGAUUCUGUUGGGCGCGACAAUCUCUCCAUCUCCCAGCACAUCGAUUCUCCGAUUCUUGAGCGCGGGCUCUCCUCCUACAUCUCUCCCUCGCCCCUUCCGCACCCUCGGUCCCGCCUGCCUUCGCUCCUCCGUGCCCGGGAAAUUUUCAGAGGCCCCAUCGGCAUCCCGUCACAAUGCCUGCGACCACGACUUUUCUGUCCCGCGCGGGAUCCCAAUUGGCCUCCAGAGGCUCAAUUACCCUGCGCGCGAGCUUGACUGCCUCCCGCCGAACACCAGCUCUCGCAGCUCUCGCCAGAUACUAUGCCUCCAAGUCCUUCCCCUCGCACACCGUCAUCAGCAUGCCCGCCCUGUCCCCUACCAUGACGGCCGGAAACAUUGGCACCUGGCAGAAGAAGGUCGGCGACACCAUCGCGCCCGGAGAUGUGUUGGUCGAGAUCGAGACAGACAAGGCCCAGAUGGACUUUGAGUUCCAGGAGGAUGGCCUCAUCGCCAAGAUCCUCAGAGACUCCGGCGAGAAGGACAUCGCAGUUGGCAGUCCCAUCGCAGUCCUCGUUGAGGAGGGUGGUGAUGUCUCCGCUUUCGAAUCCUUCUCGAUUGAGGAUGCUGGCGGCGAGAAGAAGCCCGCUGCCCCGUCCAAGGAGGGCGAGGCCUCCGAGGCCAGCGAGCCCCCCAAGUCGGGAUCCGGCACCGCCCCGCCCGCAAAGGAGGAGGCUGCCCUCCAGGCAAUCGAAUCUGACUCCUCCGGCAAGCGCCUCGAGCUCUCCCUCGACCGCCACCAGAAGAAGAAGGACGAGCCUGUCCAGCCCGCUGCGGGAGCUCCUGCGACCGCCCCAGCGGCUGCCACGUACGAGGACAUCCCCGCGACCAGCAUGCGCAAGGUCAUCGCCGCCCGCCUUACCCAGAGCAUGCAGCAGAACCCCCACUACUUCGUUGCCUCCAGCAUCUCCGUCUCCAAGCUCCUCAAGCUCCGCGAAGCGCUCAACGCUUCGUCCAAGGGCGAGUACAAGCUGUCCGUCAACGACUUCCUCGUCAAGGCCGUCGCCGUCGCCGCACGCAAGGUUCCUGCUGCCAACUCUUCAUGGCGUGAGGAGGCCGGACAGGUUGUCAUCCGUCAGCAUAACGUUGUCGAUGUCUCCGUCGCUGUUGCCACCCCUGUCGGUCUGAUGACCCCCAUCGUCAAGAACGUGAACGGCCUUGGUCUCCAGACCGUGUCCUCGUCGAUCAAGGAUCUCGGCAAGCGCGCGCGUGACGGCAAGCUCAAGCCCGAGGAGUACCAGGGCGGAACCAUCACCAUUUCCAACAUGGGCAUGAACUCCGCCAUCGACCGCUUCACUGCCGUCAUCAACCCCCCUCAGGCCACCAUCGUUGCAAUCGGCACAACACAGAAGGUCGCAGUACCCGGCGAGCUCUCAGAAGACGGCACACCGAGCGUAGAGUGGGACGACCAGAUUGUCAUCACGGGCAGCUUCGACCACAAGGUUGUCGACGGCGCCGUCGGUGGCGAGUUCAUGAAGGAGCUCAAGAAGGCAAUUGAGAACCCGCUAGAGCUCAUGCUAUAAAUGUCGAUGUAAUUUUCUAGGCUGUAGAAGUUAGGGGCAUGGUUGGAUUGCGGUCGACAUGAGGGAUGCGUUGCGGAUGUGUAAGCUUUAUCUGAGCGAGCGGUGCCUUGGCAGAGAUCUUGUACAAUGAAUGGCAGUUCUUUUACCAUCUGAUUGCGGCUUGCGCGUGUUAGGGAUAGAAGCUUAAUCUCAUAUGUUAUGCAUUUCAAUCAACUCUGGUCUUGGAC